AAGUUGUCAAAUUAAAUUAUGUAUAUUUACGUUUUUAUAUUUUAUUUUUUUUUCUUGACCCUACUAGGCAUCUGUGAUAUCUAUAUUAAUAAAUAUGGAAAUUCCAUAUGAGAGAGUUGAUAUGGUUCAUUUAAGUCCUGAAGAUGAACUGGUAUGGAAUGGCAAAGAAAUUACAAGAAUAGACACAUCCCAUAUAAACCCUGAAAAUGAUCUAAUUCAACCUGAAUUGGGAGCAAGACAGAGUUACUUUCAUUAUCCAAACCAUCCUGUUCUGGAUGAUAGAGAAAUCUUCUAUGAAAUAGAAGUAGAUAAUGACGUAAAAGAUCCCUUCGCAGAAAUAAAUACAUUUGAUGAAGAAGAUAAUUACGAAACUGACAGUACUGAAGAGAUUUUAGGCUUGAAACAAUCCUCUAUCUAUUUACCGAUUACAGAUACAUCUCCAGAUGAAAAUUCUUCUAUAUUCCAUAUUCCUAUUGGUUCAUCUAUGGUAGAAGAUGAAAUUUUUGGCUUGGAAGAAUCCUCUUUAGAUUUACCCAGUACAGAUCAAUUCCUGAGAGAAAAGUGCCCAAUCGAUUCAUUCAUUGAGAAUAUAUCUUCAAAAGAACCAAAACCUUCCAUAAGAAAAAAAUCCACAUCGAAAAAAGUUCGUCAAAAGUUGAAAUGUCACAUCUGUGAUUACACAACUUUUCAUAAGCACUACCUAGAAUUUCACAUAGACGGAAUUCAUUUGAACCGAAAAAAAUACAAGUGCAAGGAGUGUGAGUAUGCAACAAACAACAAAUACCUGGUGCAAACUCACUUGAAUACAGUCCACAAGAAGGUCAGGGAUCACAAAUGUCCAUAUUGCGAUUAUGCUUCGAGCCGCAAAAAUCGUCUCGAGUCUCACAUCAAAGGGACACAUAAGAAUAUGAAAGAACACUGUGACAAAUGUGCCUUUGCCACGACCACCAAGUCCAACCUUAGAAUACACAUAGAAUCUGUCCACAUGAAGAUCAAGAAUUUUCGUUGUCACAUCUGCAAUUAUGCUGCAAAUCAAAAAUGCAUUCUCAAGAAUCACAUCGAUGUUAUGCAUCUAAAACUGAAAAAAUUCAAGUGUCAGUUAUGUGAUUAUGCUGCACAUCGAAGCCACGUCUUGAAGAACCAUGUAACUGAAGUUCAUGUAGAAUCUAAGGAGCACGAGUGUAAGUUAUGUGAUUAUAUCACCCUGUGCAAAUCGGAACUGAAAACGCAUAUGGACAAAGUGCAUAGAGAUCUUAAGAGUCACCUAUGUCCAUCUUGUGACUAUGGGAGCAAUGUUAAGAGUAAUCUUAGAAGACAUAUAAAGAAUAAGCACGAAAAUAAGGAUUUUAAAGAAAAAUCCAAAGACAGAGACAACAGUAACUUCAUUAAAGUAGAAGAAACUAAACAGGAAGAAGAGGGAGCAGGUUCAUUUGAAGAGGAGAUGGAACUUGAGUCAUCUUGCGAAAGCAGGGAUAUUGAUACCUCAAACGAGGAACGAUCAAUCUAAAAAAAAAGGAAUUAUUGUGAUAAAAAGGCCAAGAAUUUAAGAUGUUAUAAAAAAUAGUAUAUUUAUAGAAAGUUAAAAGAAGAAAGUUAUUCUAUAUAUUAUAUAUUAUGUUGUUUUUAAAUAAACUAUUCAAUUUU